GAGGGCGGAGUGAGUGGCAGCUCUGCUGAUGGAGAGAGGCGGUCUGCAGGAAGGAGAACAUAUCGCUCUGGUGUACCCGCCAGGUGAGAGACGAUGCAGAUGUUAAAUGUACUUUUCAGGUGACAGCACCUGGACACUGCAAGCAUCGUUCACACCAGUGUGUCUCCUUCUUCUGCAGGUACAGACCUGAUCGCAGCCUUUUCUGGCUGCCUGUACGCCGGCUGCGUUCCCAUCACAGUGCGACCGCCUCACCCUCAGAACAUCUCCACCACCCUGCCCGCUGUUAAGAUGACAGAACGUAAUCAGUGCCGGGGAGGUUAUGGUCAACGCAAAACCCAAACAAACAAAAAACGCUUCAAGCGGAAGCCAGAAAGAAUCCUGACCGUCUGACGACGAAAGAAAAGUGGAUGUCAAAACAAUGGCAUCAGCAACAUCUUUGCCCAAGGCCAACAGUGCUUUCUCUCUGGCUUUGCUCAAACAGCUGAGCAACAACAAGACGGGAAACAUCUUUUUCUCCCUGUUCAGCAUCUCUUCAGCCCUGGCUAUGGUGAUGCUGGGGGCCAGAGGCAACACAGCCACACAGAUGUCAGAGUGCUUGCAAGCCAAGGAUUGUUGGGGUGAUGUUCACAGCAGCUUUGCCAAACUUCUCACUGAACUCAACAGGCCAGAGGCUCUAUUUACCUUCACUGUUGCUAACAGACUGUACAGAGAGAAGUCCUGCCCCUUUACUCAGAAAUUCUUAAUACAAAGCAAGAAACAUUACAGCACAGAGCUGGAGUCUGUGGACUUCAAGACCAGGUCUGAAGAAGUCAGGAUUAAUGUCAACAACUGGAUGCAGCAACACACACCAGGUAACAUCACAGAGGUGGUGGAUGAAGAUGAUUUGAGUGAACUGACCAGGCUGGUGUUGUUCACUGCCACCCACUUCAGAGGCAGCUGGAUUAAAGAUUUCUCGUGGUUUGAAACUUAUGAUGCUCAAUUUUGGCUUAAUAAGGUAAAACAGAGAACACUGACUAUGAAAUAUGAGUGUCUGAAACUAUAACAUUAUAAAGUGUAUAUACUGUUUCUGCUGUGGUUAGUCAUAUUAAACAUGGAGAGUUUCAAAUCAUGAGGUGAGCAAAUGUACAAGUAAUGCCUGUGAGCCAAAGCUCAGAUUUCAGACUUCUGUAAAGGAUCGGUUUCAGUUUUUCUGCUCUUACUUCUGUGUGAUAUGUCAGAAAUAGCAGCCACUCCUCAGACACUAUUUCUACUUUUUAGUUGCGCUUAAAAUUUUCCGUUUUGAUAAAGUAUGCCUUUUUGACAGUGCAUGCCUGGUGGGAACAUCUUAACCUGCAGGUGCCCCCUCAGCUUCCACCUUUUGAUGUGGAGUAGCAGCAGCUCUACUCUGAGCCCUUUUUUGAAUAACUGAACUCACCCUAUCCCUAAGGGGAAGCCCAUCCACCAUUGGGAGAAAGCUAUUUUCUGUCGGUUGCAGCUGCCAGGGCCCUAGAGUGCGACCAAUUUGGUUGCAAAUGCGACCUAAUUUCAUAAUGGUGCAACUCAAAAAGAUCCUAGGUCGCACCAGUGCGACCAGCUGUUGAAGUUAAAAAAAAAAAAAAAAA